AUGGCGUCCUCCAGUGGAGAAACCGGCGAGCCGCCCGAGUGCGAGCAGAGGCCGGAGCCGGCGGGGGACCUGCGCAGCGUCCUGCUGACCAGCGUCCUGCAGCUGGAGCCUCUGGACGUCGACCUCUUCCGGGGAAGGCACUACUGGGUGCCGGUCACGCAGCGUCUUUUUGGAGGGCAGAUAGUGGGCCAGGCGCUGGUGGCCGCAGCAAAGGCCGUGACGGACGACCUGGAAGUCCAUUCGCUCCAUUGCUACUUUGUGAGGGCAGGGGACCCCACUGUGCCUGUUCUGUAUCAGGUGGAACGCACCCGUACCGGGAGGAGCUUCUCGGUGCGCUCGGUCAAGGCCAUCCAGCACGGGAAGCCCAUCUUUAUAUGCCAGGCUUCCUUCCAACGGGGGCAGCCCAGCCCGAUGCAGCACCAGUUCCAAAUGCCGGCUGUGCCGCUCCCGGAGGAACUGUUGACCCAGGAGCAGCUGAUCCAGAAGUACCUGCGGGACCCCAACCUUCUGGAGAGAUACCGGCAGGGACUCCGGAGAAUGCUGGCCCAGGAGGUUCCGAUCGAGAUGAAGCCGGUGAACCCGCCUGACUUUUUCCACCAGAACUCCCAGGAACCCAAGCAGCUCUUCUGGGUGCGUGCCAGGGGCUACAUCGGCGAAUGCGACAUGAAGCUGCACUGCUGCGUGGCUGCGUACAUCUCGGACUAUGCGUUCCUGCGGACGGCCCUGUUGCCGCACCAGCACCACCGUGUGAAGUUCAUGGUCUCGCUUGAUCACACCAUGUGGUUCCACGCGCCCUUCAGAGCCGACCAGUGGAUGCUGUACGAGUGCGAGAGCCCCUGGGCCGGUGGCAGCCGGGGCUUGGUGCAGGGCCGCCUGUGGCGCAGAGAUGGUGUGUUGGCGGUCAGCUGUGCCCAGGAAGGAGUAAUCCGCGUGCAGGAAGAGCAGCCGGCCUCCAGCAAACUGUAGCCCUGCUUAUCUUCCCCCAUCGGUUCUCCUCUCCUAAGGGGAGCCCCUCCUCCCUCCUCCCCUCUUGCACUGGCUGAGUCCUCGGUGGCUGACGGUCGCUUACAAGGACCCCCGUAACCCCUGGAGACGGCGCUUACAGAUGGAAGCACUUCCCUUGGGCGCAUAUUAAUUUAUUAGAGACUGACUUCCGUUCCCCAGCGGUUAAUAAAGGGAGUAAAGUGUC